GUUUAUGUUUUAAAAAUGGGCACAGAAGAAAUAUUAACAAUUGAGAUGGCUUCUGAGGUGUUAAGCCCCGAAAAUGGAUUCCGGCAAUCUCUAACCAUGGCAGUAGCUGCUAUAUGCCUGGAAUGUGGUUUUGAAUCGACGGAAAAUAUAGUUUUGGAAACUUUGACAGAAAUGCUGCAAAGCUACCUCACAGAAGUAGGCAACAGCACUCGUGCAUAUUAUGAACACAGUGGGCGUACCAUUCCCACAGACAAGGACGUUAUUUUCGCUUUAUCCGAAAUGGGCUUCAGAAACAAAUCUUUGUUGCAAUAUUCACGAAGGGGAAAAAGAAUAAAUAUUGGGCAAAUUGUUAAAACCGUGGACACUUCUAACCCUCCUGUACUACAAGUUGGCAAGAGCAAGGGUUUCCCAACAUACGUGCCCGAGAAUCAUAAGUACCCACAUUUUCCUGACCCUCAUUCAUAUAUUAGGACAACGACGGGUCAAAAACCUGAAACUGACUAUGUGAUAUUGAGAGAACAAGCAUCCGCACAGAAGAGAGAUGUUGAGCGAGCUUUGACCCGGUUCGUAGCUCGAACCGGGAGAAGCCAUCCCUUGCUACCUGAUGAUAAGAAUGCGUUUCCAUUAAUAGAAGCACAACCACACCUGAUACCUUAUUUAAAUGCAUUACUACCUUCUGAGCAUGAAACAUUAAAGUUGUUCGAAGCUACCAAUGAUCAAAAUAAUGAACAGAAGGAACCGGUAAGAUUGAAAUGAUGUUAGGAAUUGUGUUGGUUGGAUAUCUAAG